AUGUCUCUCUCGUCACAGAUCGCUGCUUUGACCGGUAGCGUGCAGACCCAAGGCCUCGAUGAGCAAGCACGCGCAGAAGCACUCAAUGCUGCUCGGGGUUUAUUAGCUGCCCUGGAGUCACCCAUUGAGAGAGUUAUUCAGGAUGUAGUGAUGCAUUCCCCAGCAUUGAUGUCUAUCCGUAUGGGUGUUCAACUAGGCAUUUUUACUCAGAUCAGCCAAAACCCAGAAUGCGGCGCUUCCUCUCCAGAGAUUGCGGAGAAAUCCGGUGCAAGCCUGAUCCUUGUUGACCAGAUUACUCGCCUUCUCGCUGCGACAGGAUAUAUCAAGCAAGAUGGAGUACAACACUUCAAGCCCUCACCCCUUACCAUGGUGAUGGCAGACCCAAUCAUGGAAGCAACUACUCGAGCCUGCUUUGAGAUCGGCAACCUUUGCACCUCCAAAGCACCGGAAUUCUUCCGCAAAAAUAACAAUCAAUUCCCUAGCUCUGCCAAGGAUACGCCUUUCCAAUUAGGGUUCAACACCAAUAUGAACUAUUUUGAGUGGCUGGGCCACAAUCCUGAUCUAGCCAAGGAUUUCCAGCAAUGGAUGACACUGAAGCAGAAGACCACCCUCAACUGGUCUGACUGGUUUGACAUUCAGCGACUAAUCAUUGAUGGCUCUAACGGCAAUCCUGAAGAUGUCCUUAUCGUUGACGUUGGAGGUGGCGAAGGGCAUUAUUUGCGGCAAUUCCGAGAGAAAUUCCCCGAGACACCUGGCCGAUUGAUCCUACAAGAUCUGCCACAGGUCGUUUCGACCAUUGAGAAUCUCCCGGAGGGCAUAGAGCUGACGCCGCACGACUUUUUCACCCCUCAGCCAGUCAAAGGUGCGCGGACAUACUUCAUGCACUGGAUUCUUCAUGACUGGUCAGACGAGCAUUGCCGAGCCAUUUUGGCCAAUAUUGUCGAUGCCAUGGAGCCCGGUUACUCUCGUUUAAUUAUCCACGAGUCCAUUCUUCCGGACCUCAACUGUGAUCUGCCAUCUGCUUGCCUGAGCAUCAUGAUGAUGGUCCAGGUUGCUGCAUUCGAACGGUCCGAGAAGCAGUGGCGGGAUCUUCUUUCGUCCGUGGGACUAACGAAUAUCAAAUUCCAUCAGCCUCCUGGAAGCGGCGAGGGUAUUGUUGAGGCUAUUAAAUGA